AGCAACAUUUGAUCUUUUAAGCCCUUAUCAGUGAAUGACAAAAUCAUCCAAUUGCGCUGCUGUUGUUAUGUUCACAGGUAAGGCAAACUGCCCUUACUAUGCCAAGGCUGAACUCCUGGCUGACUAUCUCCAGACUAACUUGCCCAACUUCAGGGUUCACAAGAUUAUUCAGCAUCCUGACAAGUGGGAGCAGUGGCUUCAUGACAUUUGUGAAACAAAUGGAUGGGAACACAGACAGUGUCCUAUCAUUUGGAGAGAACUGUUGGACCGUGGAGGGAAGGGUCAGCUUCUGGGAGGACUUAAUGAUUUUCUGGAAUAUGCUCAGCAAUAUUAUGGCAUCACUUCAAUGAUGCUGAGUGAGGAAAUGUUAGACAUUGCUGAAGAAAACCUGCAGGCACAUCUUGAAAUUGUAAAAGAGGAUGAAGAGAUUAAAAGUCUUAUUAAGCCUAUGCAGAUCUGGAUCACGAGUGCAUCAGUUCCAAUCUGUUAUCAUCUGAUCCCUCUGUUGGCAAAUGGAGAAGUGUUUGGGAUGACCACAGAAAUCAGUAUCCAUUUGCUUGACACUGUCCAGUUUAAGGAAAUUCUUCGCAGUAUUGUAAUGGAAGCUGAAGACAUGGCAUUCCCACUUCUCCGCAGUAUUUCAGAGCACACGGGAUUAGAUCAGGCUUUUAUCGAUGCUGAUGUUAUCAUUGUUCUUGAUGAUGUCCUCUUAAACCUUGAAGUCCAAACCCUUGAGAACUACAUCAGAGAAGUGAGUGAGAUCUGCCAAGUGUAUGCUCCCUUGAUUGAGAAGAAUGCCAAGAGUGAGGUGAAAGUCAUUUCAUCAGGAAAAACCUUUGCAAACCUUAAGGCAACAAUGUUAAGGAUAUAUGGCCCAUCCAUUAGGCCUGAAAAUAUCAUUGCCAUUGCCACAUCCUGGGAAAGUGCAGCUAAAGCCAUGCUGGCCAGGAAGCUGAAUAUGAGCACAGCAGGAGUAAAAGAUGUGAUUGUUUGGGGCAAUAUUACUGGGUCUAACUACAUUGAUUUGUCACAUGCAAAACUUUAUGGAUAUGACUGUGCUAUUCGGGGCCCUCCUAAUUUUCAACAUCCUUUGUUGAAUAUGAUUUAUGAUAGCGAAUGGAUCCAUUCAGAAUUCCUGUCUGCACAGAGUACGCUGAGUUCCCGGGUGUCCCGUUGCACAGCAAUGUUACCUGCUCAUGCGAUAGCCACAGUACUGCGAUACUGGUACCAUGGCUCUCCUGGGGAGAUCAUUUCUCUGGGAAUACUUAGUGAAGGUCAGUUUUGCAUUCCUGAAGGAAUUACCUGCUCUAUGCCAGUGAGGUUCCAGAAUGGUAACUGGGAAGUCGUGACAGAAUUAGAAAUUGAUGAAACGACUCAAAAAGUUCUGAGACGGUUGUCCCACGAGCUGGUUCAGGAAAAGCUCGUUGCACUAAAGGAAAUAAACGAAAUGCAACCAUAUGAAGCCGAAUAAAAACUCCACAUCUUCUCCCAAGUCUUUCUCUAUUGCCUUUGCUAUUUAAUUUGCUUUUCAAGUUCUCUGUCCUCCUUCAUCAAAAUAAGAACAGAUGAACACUAAAGCAUGUUUUAGUUUUGUUUUUUCACUUUUUCUCUAUUUUCAGGUUGUGAAAUUCCUGCACUUUUGUUCUCGCCAUUUCUUUCAAAUUUUCAUUCCUACAGACCUUUUCCUUAGUUUGUUUUCUUUCUCACCUCAUUCAGAUUCUUUCCAGUACUUUUAUAUCAAUCCUUUCUGUUCUAUAAGCUGUUCUUCUCUGUUAAGGACAGGCUGAAGAAUGAGGAAACUCUUCGAAGUUAGAUACCCAAAGCUUCUACUGAGCACAAAGCUUUUGGGUUUUCCAUGCUGUUUUCUUGGGAAAGAACUACAGACACAAUAAGAUGUUCUUGAUGAAUACAGAAUUUAAUUAUUUGGCUAAACAUGGCCUUGUUUAACCCAGACAGGGAAUUCCCAAUUAGGUAAGAGUGUCCUUCCCUGUCUACUCUCUACUUGUAUGGCACUGCUGUCCUGUGGAGCUGUCCCAUUCCUCUUGUGUCAGCAUUAAAUGCUAAGCAGAGGCCUUCCCACUGCUAGCAGUGAUGUGCUUAGUUGCGACCUUCUCUUGUGACAUCAGUAUCAGGUGUUCAAGCAUUCCCAAAGUGUCCUGCUUAAUCUCCUUGCAUGUGGAAGUAUUUUAGGAAGCUAACAAAAAUAGCUUAUGCUUUUGCUUUUUUUUACAGAAAUGGAAACCUUGCCUACUGGGUCACUUUAGCUAGAAUUGUCCGGAAGAGAAAAUGCUAGAAAUUCCCAUAUUAAAAUAAAGUUUCCAUUGCUCAAAAGAGCAAACUGGAAAGAAAGU